ACACGGAAGUACACAUCUGGUAUACACAUGUUUUGCGCUAAAUGUAAAUAUCUAGCAAACGCAUUAAUUUCCUGAUGUUCCGUCGCAUUGGUUAUUUUGAAUUUAUCGCUGUCGACAAAUAUUUGGCUUUUUACCACGAAGUAGGUUAUUUACCGUGAAUGCAUUUUUGGUGGACUUUAGAGUCAGUAGUGUAAUGACCUAGACGUUAUUUCUACACGGUGUUAUUAGAGAGUAUGAAGUCGUUUAAAUCUCCAGGUCGUCAUGGAUAUGCGGUGGAGAUUUCACCUUUUUUGUCUUCUACCAUCGCCUGUGCGUCAUCGCAGUAUUAUGGAAUAGCAGGAUGUGGCACACUUUUUGUGCUGGAGCAGAGAGAGGCAGAUGUUUCACUUGUGAGGAGUUUUGACUGGAAUGAUGGGCUCUUUGAUGUGACAUGGAGCGAGAACAAUGAACAUGUGCUGGUGACGGGAGGAGGUGAUGGAUCUGUGCAGAUCUGGGACACUGCCAACCAACAAGGUCUUCUGCAGGUGCUGAAAGGGCACACACAAGAGGUGUAUUCGGUAGACUGGAGUCAGACACGGGGGGAGAACCUGGUGGUAUCGGGAUCAUGGGACCAUACAGCCAAAGUGUGGGAUCCAGAGCGAUGUCAGUUAGUGAGCUCCCUGCAGGGUCAUGAGGGUGUCAUCUACAGCACCAUCUGGUCUCCUCAUAUCCCAGCAUGCUUUGCUUCAGCCUCAGGGGAUGGCACACUGCGAGUGUGGGAUGUGAAGGCGGGAUCCUGCAGACUGGCCGUCCCAGCGCACAAGUCCGAAAUCCUCAGCUGUGAUUGGUGCAAAUACGACCAGAAUGUUCUGGUCACUGGAGCUGUGGACUGCAGUCUCAGAUUGUGGGACCUACGUAACGUUCGACAGCCUACAGCUCAAAUGAUGGGCCAUUCCUAUGCCAUCCGCAGGGUGAAGUUCUGCCCAUUCUCUAAGACAGUCCUAGCAUCCUGCUCAUAUGAUUUCACAGUCAGAUUCUGGGAUUACUCCAAGAACCAGCCGCUGCUGGAGACGCUGGAGCACCACUCAGAGUUUGUGUGUGGCCUGGAUUUCAACCUGCAUAUCCCUAAACAGGUUGUGGACUGCUCUUGGGAUGAGACUGUAAAAGUCUUCACCCCUUCAUGCAUGACCGCUCUAUAGGAGGUUUGGUGCACCACAGCACAUGGGAGCCACGACUCUGUUUCAAUCACAGGUGUAGAGUUUGCCAAGAUUUCACUGCGGUUUUCCUAAUGACCCUAUUAAAGGAGAACCCGUGGGAUGCUUUAGGAGCAUUGCGUCAGGAGCACCGUACAGAUGAGGGGGAGUUCUCAUGCUGUCACUGAGUGUAAAAACUGAGAGUGAUGUUAUUGUAGUUUUUCUAAUGUGUAUAACAAAACUAAAAGUUUACCUUAAAGGCGCAGUUCACCCGUAACAACUUCGGAACACAAACUAAAAUAUUUUUGAUGACAUCCAAGAGCUUUAUUGUCGUUCAUAGACAGCAAUGUAACUGAAAUAAAUAUGUGAUUUGGAGAAGAAUUGUUAAAUAUAUUCGUUAUUUAAACAAAAACAAAAAACAUUCUUGUAGCUUCAUAAAAUUACAUUUGAACCACUGAUGGGCUGUUUUUAUUAAUGACCUUACUUUGUUCCUGGGUCUGGAACGUUUCAGUUAUGUUGUGUUCUCAUUUUUGGCUGAACUACUCCUUUAAGCUGCGAGUGCCUUAUUGUUGUCUAAACCUUGGUAGAUUAUGUAGUAUGUUGUAUAUUGUUGUUGCUUAUUGAUUUGUUUGGUGAAUUAAAUAUUUUAUGUCAUUCUCAA